GUAUGAAAUAAAACCGUAUAAAUUACUUUAGUAAGCCAGUAUGGUAUAGAAUUUGCUAACAAAACGUGGGUCACCGGCAUUUAUAAUCAUUGUAAGGGUGAAAGCUCCGUUCAACAGGAAAUCGAAGAAAGAGACGGCGAACGAUGGUUACAGAAAUCCAGAGAGAAGGACAGGGAACAGCUGGGAUGGAACGUGUUCCGCAAUGGCGCAAUGCUCGCGUCGCAUGGAAAGAGAGUUGUCCGAGAGGGGGUGGCUGGACGGCCAUUCGGUCUUCUUUCACCCCGUGCACGCUGGAGCACAGCCAAGUAACUUUUCUACUUUGCUUUUCAUCGUGAUUCCCUGUCGCCGUUAUCAACCCGCGGUUUAUACGUAUUUUCAUGAAAGCCUGGGAGAAUCUCCUUCCGCUACGAUAACGAAUCUCAAUCGCGACUCGAGCUAUCGAAACGCGGUUUACGUCGACCGCAAUCAACUCGAAACCUCACUUGAUCAGUUCGAAUCAGUCGGCGAUACACGCGACGUGAAGCAACAUCUGUGGCCCUCCAUUUGCGGAUUUCCACUUUAAUGCGAUAUCAACUAUCACCUCUCGCUUUCCGAUAACCGUACUAACGUUGACGAUGAACGCCGAGCACCGAUAACUGCGCUACGCGACGACGACGCAAAAAUCAAAGUAAUCGAUAACUCUCAUCAACGGAUUUUGAAAACAUUAUUGGUAAAUCUAUUUUCCAUGUUUUGCGUUUGCGAAAUUUUAAUGUAAAAUUG